AUGCCAACUGCAAAAGAUGAUCUUCCUGAUUUUCGUGAAGCAUUCAGUUUAUUUGAUGAUCGUGGUGAUGAUAAAAUUCCAAAAAAUCUAUUCGGUGAAGUUGUUCGAGCCCUUGGAUUAAAUCCAACUGAAGCACAAAUUAAAGGUACAAUACAAAAUUUAAAAACUGAUCGAAUAUCAUUUGAAGAAUUUUUACCUUUAUAUGAUUCAUUGGCGAAAAAAAAAGAUAAUAAUAUGACCGAAGAAGAACUUAUUGAAGGUAUGAUUUUUUUAUAUAAUUAA